AUGAAAACGCAAUGGGGAAAAGUUGUAAAAAGCUGUUCAGUUUCUAAAGAUGUCACAGGAGAACACGAACAUGUCAGCUCCGUCCCGACUAGGAAACUCUUCUCCGGGACCUGCAGGCUUCAUCGAUUGGUACGAUUCUCCGAAGAUCUUAUUUCCUUCGCAAACUAAAACAUCGCGUCGCAGUCUUUUACUAAUGAAAACAAAAAGUGCUGAAGAAUUCUCUCCAUCGCAGUCGUCACUGAAUGUAACGCCGUCAACUUCUGAUUUUGACAGCCUCUGGUGUCCUAGCACUUCCAAUGAGAACAUGGCACCGUAUGAAGAAGAUGAGUCAGCUUGCGAUAUAUUCGCACAAGAAAGUUCACAAUGCAACACAUCCUCGACUACUCCUCAUCGGAGUCGUCGGUUCGAGAAAAAGCACUUGCGAAGAAAACGUAUGCGAUCAGAUCAAGAUGAAGUCACUGAAAACAAUUCAAAAGUCGCGAAAAGUUCAAGGGAAAGUAUGUCUAUGGAGGAAGGUCUCGCUCUAGGAAGAGCAUCACUCGUGAAAUUACGGCAGCGCCUACGU